AUGUUGGGCAAACUAUUCAAUCUCACUUCGGGCAACACCGCCGCAUCGUCUUCCCAGACUACUUAUUCAUCAGCAAACGAAUCCCCCGAGUCCGUCCAGGAGGAAAUUCACACCCGAAGCUUGCUGUUCCCGGAUACACAGACUCUAUACGGCCGCCAGGACCAGGUUUUCCCGCUAUCGACCACUGCCUUCACAGCCAAUGCGCCCAGCGCUUUUGACUAUGAUGGCGAGGUCGAUCUGGAUGUUCGAGAUGUCCGGGUCAUUGUCAUGCAGGACAGCCUAGGGUCUGUCAACCCUUCGCUGCUCUAUGACAGCCACCCGCCCCCGCCUGUACCUGCCACGGAAACUCGCAAUUCUCCCGGGACUGCUCAGCCACAGAUCUUUGUAAAGGAUCUCCGCCGGAACCCGACUUCACCCAGAAAGACAAGUCUUAGCUACUCCCGGCCCAUGGUCAUCCAGCCAGACAGCCCGCAGCCGCGUCAGGGCGCAUUUGAUCGACGCUCGUCGUUCCAGACACGCACUUACACCACUGCAGAGAGCGAAGCCCAGAGGGCUCAGCGGGAGUACCGUGAGGAGCUUGCAAGUUUUACAAAUUGUAUCUUCUCGAAUACAGAGGUCAUGUCAUAUAAGGGUACUUCCACCAAAGUUCAUAUUGUGCCCAGUGAUUCUCGGCCAGAUGUCUCUAGCUCGUUCGCUGGGGAUGGGAAAGGAUCCGUGGGCAGGGCAAGUAUGCGGUCAAGCAGGCUUUCCCAAUCUUUCACUGCUGAGUCCGCAUCAGCGCCAUUUGUGUCCAACACAGCAGGCAGGGCGGCAGACCGCAAGAAAAUACUGGUCACACGUCUUUUUCCAGUCAACCUCCCUAGUGAUGAUCCUGAGACACCCAAUGCGACCGUGACGCCUCACAGUCGCUUCUCAGAAGAUGGCAGCGGGUUUCCAUUCCCAUAUUCUCCUGAUGAGAAUGGAAUGAAGAAAAAGAAGUCGCAACCGAAGCAGAAGCGCACUCCGAUGUACGCUGUCGCUUUGGUACUUCAGCUACCAUCUAAUACCAUGCAACAGCCACCAUCGACAGGGAAGACUCCGUUCAAGGGCGCCAGCUCAUAUACUGAGCAGGACUCAUUUCCCUCCUCCUUUAGCUCAGCAAGGCGCUCAGGGUGGACCAUGGUUGGUGCUGGAUACGGCGCCGAAUCAAUUGACUCUACUUAUAGCAAUGAAGUUGAGGACAAGAUGGAUGCCAUUACGCAACACUGGGAUAUCAUCAUGAGGACACUCACACACCUGCAGUCCAUAGUAGCCACAUCCUUGUUUCCCAUGCUGAAACAAGCCGAUCAUAGCUCGCCGGACCCGCAGCAGCCGUCAAUGUCUGCCCAGGUCGCUCGGAAUCCCUCGAUAAAUAGUCGACGAGGGUCAAAUGCAUCGCAAAUUCAGAUGAAGCCUCCAAAGACGAAUGCUAAACUCAUAACCCUACCACCAAACUGCCUGAUGCAGGAACAGCUGAUCAGCCGCGAAAUCGACAGUGCUCGUGUGCGGAUCAUCACUGGACUGCGCGCCACGAGAGUCGUGACAGGCCAAGGGCGAUGGGGCCCGUGGCGGGAAGAGGCUCGAUGGGUCGCAAAAUAUGCUGGCGCAAAGGAGCAAGGUUUCUUCUUCUUCAAUCUCCUCACGGGGUUUCUAGCAACUCACACCGAUUGGCUUCAAGCAUUAAGUCCAGUGUGGUAUCGAAGGCGCCACUACCAGCAACAAAAAGCAAAGACAGAAGAAGAUACUUCUCUCCCAACACGCACCAUCAUUGUCUCCAACGACAAGAUGGCCGCCCGUCGAUUGGUCUUCUUGUUGUCUGCAUUCCUCCCUGCCAACCAACAAGUGCCCAUCAUCCGCCCUCAGAGACAGACUUCGGCGUCCUUUUCGCAUUCACCACCGUCCUAUGUGAUUCCGAUACUCAAAGAAGAAUCUUUGCGGCGAAAAAUCAAUCGCAAGCCUCCGGGUCAAAGGGGAGCCUCUCACCAGCGAAGCUUCAGCAUCCAGUCUCACGCUACAACCAGAUCGGCUUUCGGCGUUCCAGCACAGUUGGACCAUUUGAGCAUGGAUACCUUUCACGGAAGACGAGGUUCCGAUGCCACGUUGUUCAAGCCAACAGCGCUCUCAAAUCAAGGUAGUGAUGCUAUCACUCGGGUGAGCAGUGCUGCCACUACGAACACGGUCCUCCCAGAUGCCGCUGUGCCUCAUUUUACAAGCAUCCACAGGUCAAACACCCGACGCUCUCAUAGACCGGGCAGCAGUGGGAGUGUUGCUGCGGAUGAUUUAAAAAGGACACUUAGGAGAGGCGACGGCGCGAGCCAAGGAAGCAACACCAGCGGAGAUUCCCACCGGCGCAGCUCCAAUUGGGGCAGUGUCAUUAGUGGUCUUUGGAGUGUUCGUCGACGAGAGUCGAGUUCUGGCACAACUCCCACACUUGACCUAUCGCCGCGUGACAACGUACUGGGCUCACCGUCGAAACCCACAGAACGGAGAGACAAGCUCGCUGUGAAGGCAAAUGACGGCGUUGCAGUUGAUACCCCAAUGAAGGAAGAGUUCGAUAGCCCCAUAAACCCUACAUUUGGCAUUACAGGCCAGGCCGACACGCCGCGUACAUUGGAACGGAAAGGAUUCCCUGAGCUCGACGAAGCUGCGAAAAGAGUUCCGGAUCCAUCAGGCGCUUUUGAGAGCCCCGUCAAGACCUCCAUUAGCGCAGAUGACGGUGUCAUAGAUGUUGAUAUCCAGUUCCCCGACUACCUGACAUCGUUGGAGUCAGCUAUCAGCUCGCCAUCGAGCAGUGGAUACCUUUCGACCCCUGGCUUUGGUACAGGCAUCGACAGCUUUGAGCAAUUUUCAAGGGUUGCUGUUGACGGAGAAGCACCGCUUAAUGUCGCUGGCUGGCUUCAACAAUUCCAUCCGGAUUUCGCUUUGCAGGCGAUCCCACCACAGCCAGACUUGCUUGAAAGAGUCAAGGAAUCCCUCAAAGCAGAGCCCACUCCAUCGUUUCCGUUUCACCAGCUUCCAGUCGAAUGGGCCGCCGAACAAUGGGUCGAUGUGAGCAGUGCUAUCGUGGCUGACACCACAACAUUCACGAUAAAGCGCAUCCGAUUUCGACGUUUUGUUAAGCCAAAACACCCUGCAGAAAGGGGAGGACAGCUUUCGAGCUCAACGAAUCCGUAUAGCGCAUCCCUAGUGACCCCAGCUCUUUCUCCUUAUGAACAGCCAUUGAAGGAAAAGUUCGAAGAAGAGGUGCUCUUUACAUGGGAUGAGUCCUUGAUUGAAGCUGUGGAAAAGGUCAUUGCCCACGUGGUGCCCAACAGCCAAGAGAGUUCAACGACAAACUCGUCGCGGUCUGUGAGUAAGAGGCGGGAAAGAAGCGAUAGUGACGCUUCUGAGCCAGAGCUACACACAGCAGCGCCAGCGCCGAGUCAGCCCGAAUCUCAAGAAGUACAUCGUGCUGAAUGCAAGACUGUUGUGCUUUCCGCGCUGGAAAACAUUGUUCAAGCAGUGGUUGAUGAGCGCGAUAAGGAGGGUGAGUCAUCCAAAAUGAAGGUGACUUAUGACACGAAGAAGGAUAAGGAAAGCGUUUUGAGAAGAGCGAUCAGGACGUGGUUGGAAACUGUUGAACUGGGAGAAGGAGCCUGA